AUGAUAUCAGAAAAAAUUAUGGAGAUUGGCAUAUUCAUCAAAAUACUGAGUGUAUUGAUGUUUUUACUUUCACUAUGCAUGAAACUUAAUUCAAUAUCUGCUAGUGAAGUUAGGUGCAUAGACAGGGAAAGACAAGCUCUUCUCAAGUUUAAGCAUGGCCUUGUUGACGACCAUGGAAUUCUCUCAUCCUGGGGAAGUGAAGAAGUUAAAAAGGAAUGUUGCAAAUGGAAGGGCAUCUCGUGUAGCAAGAGAAUUGGUCACGUAGUUUCACUCGAUCUGCAUGUACCUCCGUCGGAUGGUUAUGUUUAUCUGGAGGCUGCUAAGCUUAGCCCCGCACUGCUUGAGUUGCAGCAUUUGAAUUAUUUGGAACUUGAAAUCAAGAACCUUGAGUGGCUUUCUCAUCUUUCUUUGCUGUUAUUUCUUGACUUGAGUGGUGCGAACCUUGUGAAUCAAACCAGCUGGUUGCACCACAUGACAAGGUUCCCUUUCCUUGAGGAACUGUACUUGUCAUACUGUCAACUUCCCAACAUAAUGCCUUCCUUCAAUAUCUUUACUAAUUCUUCUUUACCCUAUAUGUCUAUCCUCGAUUUAUCCUCCAAUGAUCUCACCUCCUCUUUUGCAUUCCACUGUGCAAGUCUUACUUACAUAGAUCUCUCCUAUAAUCGAUUAGACGGUCCUAUUCCUGAUGCCUUUGGAGAAUUGAUUUUUCUUGAGAAGCUUUUUUUGAAUAACAAUACGUUCCGCCGGGAGGGGUGGGUUGUUCCAAAAUCUUUGGGAAAUUUAAGUCAUUUAUAUUAUCUAGACAUAUCAUACAAUGAAUUAAACGGUCCCUUGACAGAUGUUACCAAAUUUUCAUCCUUAAAAUUUUUGAUCCUUAACAACAAUAAGCUGAAUGGGUUUCACCCACACAGCCCUGGGCUACCUUCAAGUCUUGAAAGUUCAGAGUUAUUUGACAACCAAUUUAGAAGGCUACGUGAAGGUACUGAGAAACUUUCCAAUCUCCAAUAUUUACGAAUGUCUUCAAAUUUGUUGGAAGAUGCAUUUCCUAAUUGGUUGUGGACUAUGUCUUUAUUUAGAUUAGAUCUUUCUCAUAACAAUAUUAGUGUUUGUAUAAGCUUGAAGUAUUACACUUGCGCAAAAAAUUUCAUUGAUGAAUUGCCUUCAACUUUGAGGAACUGCACUAGACUGAGAACGCUUGAUGUGGGAGAUAACAAGUUAACAGGAAGAAUAUCACGGUGUUUAAACAAUAUUACUGCUUUGGCUCAGAAGAACAGUUCAAUUGAAUAUGGUGAUUGGAAAUUUUACCAUCGUUACAAUCCUGAUUAUGUUAACAACGCUUUUGUUCAAUGGAAAGGACAAGAUCCAGAACACAAAACACUAGGACUUUUGAAAGGCAUUGAUCUUUCUAGAAAUAAGCUUUUUGGACCUAUUCCUCAAGAGUUUUCUGCUUUAAGGGGUUUAGUUUUCUUGAACUUAUCUAGAAAUCAUUUGACUAGAAAUAUCAUUUCAAACAUUGGUCAAAUGGAGAAGUUAGAAUGUCUUGACUUGUCUCAAAACCAGCUUUCAGGGAAGAUACCGAACAACCUUGCACAUCUAAAUUUUCUCGGUGUUUUGGAUUUAUCAUACAAUAAUUUGACGGGAAAGAUUCUUUUGGGCACUCAACUACAAAGCUUCAACUCCUCUAUGUAUGCUGGUAAUAGCCAACUCUGUGGAGAUAUUUCUAAUAGUUAUGUGAUUGAUCACAGAAAGGGAAAUAUUUUUGAAGAAGAUGACGGGUUUAUAAUUCGCCAUUUUUACAUUUGCAUGGCAUUUGAUUUCAUUACUGGAUUUUGGGAGUCCCUUCUGGGUAACAAGAAAGUGUUGACUAUCAUUCAAACAAGUUGUUGGCUGGAGAGGUGCAGGGACUAUGCAUGGCAGUGUUUCUAUUCUAGUUAUCGCCAUUGUCUUAUUUUCUAA